AUGUCUACCGACUUCAGCGGGAAACUUGCCAUCGUCACCGGAGCCUCCAAGCUCAACGGCAUUGGCUAUGCUACUGCAUAUGCCCUCGCCAAGGCUGGCGCUGAUAUUGUCAUCCACUACAACUCCAACAAGACUGCCGCCGAAGAGGUCUUGGCCAAGAUCAAGUCUACCGGCGUAAAGGCCAUUGCCGUGCAGGCCAAUGCCUCCUCCGUCACCUUUGGCACCGACAUCGUCAACGCCACCGUCGCCGCAUUCCCAGGCCGCAAGAUUGACAUCCUCAUCAACAACGCGGGCUGGUUCGCAGGCUCAGACAGCCCUCAAACGACGACCAUUGAGGACUUUGACGCCUUGUUCCAUCCCAACGUCCGCGGCCCUCACCUGUUGACCAUUGCUGCUCUGCCCCAUCUCGCUUCGCCCGGCGGCCGCAUCGUCAACAUUGGCAGCGUCGUUGCCCGCACCGGCAGCAAGUACGCAGCGUUUUACUCUGCCACCAAGGGCGCGCUCAACUCGCUGACCAUCGCCUGGUCGGAGGAGCUCUCCCCCAAGGGCAUCACCGUCAAUGUCGUUGCCCCCGGGCCGAUUGACACUGAUUACGUGCCGCCGGAGGAUAACCCGCUGACGCAAAAGUUCCGCGUCCAGCAGCAUGUGAAGAGGAAUGGAACGACGGACGAGGUUGCCAGUGUUAUUCUGUUUGCGGCGAGUCCCGGGGCGAGCUUCGUGACGGGACAGGUCCUCGGCGUGGACGGCGGUAUGAGCUACGUUUGA